AUGCCGCGCAGCAAUCCAAAAUAUGUCAAGAAAGAUAAAAGGAAGUCGUGGAAGAAAGAAGACAUGGAAACAGCAAUUACAGUGGUUCGAGAAAAAAAGAUGGGAACCUUAAAAGCGGCAAAAACUUUUAAUGUGCCUCGUACAACCCUACAAACUUUGAGUAAAAAACUUGACCUUACUCCAGCACAAGCAGUUUGUACUAAGCUUGGGCGAAAGCCUUACUUGGGUGAAGACUUGGAAAAAGAGUUAGUUUCCUACUUACUCAUAAUGGAGCAGAAGUUUUAUGGGUACACUAUCCGAGAUUUGCGCAGAAUGGCUUAUCAAAUUGCAAUUAGAAAUCAUCUUGAAACGCCAUUUAACCGUAACGAGGCCGGCAGAUCUUGGGUGGAUCUUUUUUUAAAUCGUCAUAAAGAGCACCUAUCUAUUCGGAAACCAUGUGGAACAUCUUUCUCAAGAGCUUUAGGCUUCAACAAAGAGAAUGUUCAGAGUUUUUUCAAUAUGCUCGAAGAGGCUUACGAAAAACACAAAUUUCCAGCUGAGAGAGUGUUUAAUGUUGACGAAACAGGACUUUCUAUUGUUCAAAGCAAAAUUCCUCAUGUCAUUGGUCGAAAAGGAAAAAAGCAAAUAGCAGCCUUGACUUCUGCAGAGAGAGGUUCUACCGUAACGAUAAUUGCAUGCAUGAGUGCUUCUGGAGUUUUCGUCCCUCCUCUAGUGAUCUUCCCAAGGACAAAUAUGACUCAAAUCCUAAUGAAAGGAUGCCCUCCAGGUUCAAAUAGGGAGAGCUCACCCCUCAGGAUGGGUUCAAAGUAA